UAACCGCGAUACUUUUUCCUGACAAGGAUUAAGAAGACAACCUUAAGCCGGGGAGGGUAAACCUUGUUAGAUUCUAAGUUUUUGAAGUUUCCUUCUUCUGAUCUGUAAAUAUUUAUCAAAUUAUAUCCUCAAGUUAAAUAAUAAUAAUAAAAAAAUCUAGAAAAGAAAAAGAUCAAAAACAAACUUUGCCCUCCCCUGCUAGGGUGGGUCACUGCAGAGGACCAAAUCUGUGUCCACAGUUUCUUGCCAUGGAGCAGGAGGGCAGCAGGCAACAAAUUCCAGAAAUGCCUGAGAGAGAAGAGAUGGCAUCAAGCAAUUCGAUCGAGCUACAACCUAUCUCAUCUCAAAGGAAAAAGGACCAGCAGGAGAAGAACCAUCACUCUGGCUGCAAGAACACUUAUCUAGUUUUGUAUUUGGAAAUGUUACUUAAAGAGCCUCAGUCACCUGACUUGCUCAAUACAAGUCAAUAUGGAAAUAUUAGUGGUUCAAUCGAUUUGAAAAAUGUCAUAAUUUGUGACAUCUCAGACCAGUUACAUGACUGGCAUGAUAUAGAUAUUAACAUAAAUCUAAAUUUAGACUUACCUACAAAUCAAUCAGACAAAAACUCAAGUGAUCUACUUUCAACAUCAAGCACAACAAAAUUUGAAAUAAAAUAUCAGGAGUUGAAAAAGCAUUUUGGACAAAAUAUACCACAUCCUGAGAGGGGUAAGCAGUAUGAUGACAUAAUGUCUUUGCAUACAAAAAAAAAAUUAGGAGUACAUCAAGUCGUUGCAGGACCGCUCUUGCUUUAUCUCGUAAAUCACUACCGUAAGAAACACAAAGGAAUUGGCAAACAAUAUGCCUUUGCUGUUGUUGUUUUGAAAGACAGACUUGUAAUUUCAGCUCCUGCUUACCCAAAAAGACAGGAGAAGAAUAAAGACAAUGAUAAUAAGCACAGUGAGGAAUUUCUAAUUGAAAAACUUUGUACAUUUUUUCAAAAGUAUAGAAAAAAUGUGGAAAAUAUUUAUAUUUAUACAACCAACAGCCCAUGUUUGAAAAGAGAAAAAAAACAUCUUAUCUCUUGCAUGUUCAAACUUUUACAUAAAUCCUGUGAAUGGCUAACUGAAUAUGGGUUUCUCACCACUGUGAUAUUCUCAGAGUUUUAUGGAUUUAGUGGCUCAAAUUAUUUUCAAAAGGCUGACAUUUCAGAUAUUUUGGAUGGCUAUUCCAAUAAAUGCCAAGGCGACUCCUUUGUAUUAAACUACGAGGAUUUUAAUAAAUUAAAACCAGGAGAUAUUAGGACAGUCUUGGACAUUGAACCCAAGCAUAGAAAGCAGCAAUUGGAUGUUGUGAACUCUGCUCUCAAAGAAAUUAAGAGUGAAACAAAAAACUUGUGUCUGAUAAAUGAAGAAUAUUUGAACCAUGGAAAGAAAAUUAUCCAAGAUAAAAUGCAUAACCAACCAGAAAAGACAAUUAAUACUCUGAUUGGGGAAUGGAAUAAAAUGGUAGAUAGAAGUUUUGAGGAAUAUCAAAGAAAACAGAUCACAUCAGAUUUCAAUACUGCAGUGGUUCAUGUUUUUGAGAAAGAGCUGAAGUCAUCAUUUGGGAGCAACUGCCCUUUACAGCUUUACCACCUUGUGUCCAGAAGUGAGAAUAUACUGAAUUGAUUAAAUUAAAUGACUUUACCUUGAUCACAUCAUUACACAAUAUUCAUAAUAUAUAAACAUGAAAUAUAUUUCUACUAAAUAUAUUUUAUUUUUGAAUAGAUAUUUUUAAUAUCUACAAAAGUUGGACCUUCAAUUUUUGUAGGGACAGAAAAGUUUGUGGCCUGUCUAGUAUGAUAUAUAUGUAUGUACAUAUAUAUAUAUGUUUCAACUGAUAAGGUUGUUUUUGUAAUUGGAACAACAACGACCAUUGUAACUUAGGUCUAUGGAUUUUUUUUUCUGGAAUUUGUUGCUUGUUCUGCCCUGAACUCUUGGCAAUUAAAUUUUUUUAAAGGAGA